GGGUUCAUUCAAAUGCUAGUGAGUUCGAUCUAUACGGUUGAAAAGCAUGCCGUGUCACUUCCGCGUAAGCCGAUCACUUCCGUUUGAUUACGUGUUGUGUCGGUGCAUGGAGGAGCCGCAAGUUUGAGAGAUAGUGAAACCGGUUUCGUGGCAAUUCAGCUACACAAUGAAAUUUACAAACAAUUUCCUAUGUUUCGUUAUGUUUUUCGGAGUGGCGUCCGCUGGCGGGCCGACUCUGGUUCUGCUCGACAAUUUAGCCAUCAAAGAAACCCACUCCAUAUUUUUCAAAAGCCUGCAAGACACUGGAUACACGUUAACGUUUAAACUGGCAGAUGAUGCAAAUCUGCAACUCUCAAAAUAUGGAGAAUAUCUAUAUCAACAUUUAAUUAUAUUCGCUCCAUCCGUAGAAGAGUUCGGUGGAACUCUGAGCGUUGAAAUGAUAACUGAUUUCAUUGACGGAGGAGGCAACGUCCUCGUCGCUGGUUCAUCCCAAACUGGGGACGCUCUCCACGAGCUGGCUUCAGAAUGUGGUUUCGAAAUUGACGAAGAAGGUUCUGCAGUCAUCGAUCAUUUAAAUUACGAUGUAUCUGACAAUGGAUAUCACACAAAAAUAGUGGCAGACCCUGUCAAUUUGAUAGACGCUCCCGUGAUCGUGGGAAACAAGAAUGUGCAACCAUUGCUUUAUCAAGGGACAGGAUUAAUCGCGGAUACAGAGAACCCUUUGAUUCUACGUCUGUUAACAGCGUCCAGUUCUGCAUACUCUUACAAUCCAAACAAUUCCAUAAAAGAAUAUCCACACGCAGUUGGUAAAAACACAUUGCUGAUCGCAGCGUUGCAAGCCAGAAACAAUGCGAGAGUCGUGUUCUCUGGCUCUUUGUACUUCUUCAGUGACGAGGCGUUUACUAGUCCCAUCCAGAGAGCUCAAGGUGGUCAGAAAUAUGAGAAAUCUGGGAAUGAAGCAGUUGCGACGAUGAUUGCUCGUUGGGUGUUCAAAGAAAACGGUGUGAUUCGCGUAUCUGCUGUUCAUCAUCACAGGGUCGGAGAAUCCGAGCCCCCAGCAGCUUACACGAUCAUGGACGAUGUGAUCUAUUCCAUAACCAUUGAGAAACUAGCGGGAGACAAAUGGAUUCCUUAUGAAACCAAUGAUUUACAAUUAGAAUUUGUUCGAAUAGAUCCUUUCGUCCGUAUGACGAUGAAACCCGUAGGCAACGGUCGCUACGAAGCUAGAUUUAAAAUCCCAGACGUCUACGGGGUUUAUCAAUUUAAGGUAGAUUAUACUCGCAUCGGUCUUACGCAUUUGUACAGCACGACACAAGUGUCGGUGCGACCUUUGCAGCACACGCAAUACGAAAGAUUUAUACCCAGUGCAUAUCCGUACUACGUGAGCGCUUUCUCGAUGAUGGGCGGCGUGUUCUUAUUCUCUCUGGUGUUCCUACAUUACAAGGAUGACACGAAACCAAAGUCUGAAUAGACACAAUAAUGAAUCGUGCGUUCAUCGAUAGAAUAAAAUUUCUUACUUCGCGAUCUGUUCCUCAACAACGGGGCUCUGAUCGAAAAAAUGCUUUUACCGAUGAACUCACGAUAUAAAUUUGUCGAUUACGUACAAUCGUUACUUCGCUACGAAGGUGCUUAGUCAGACUUGUUAACAAAGUGCAUUUAUGUCACGUAUCUGAACGAGUGUGACGGCAGAUUGAUAUUUAUUUAAGGAGAGAUGAGGAGAUUGUGUAAUUGUCAUUAUUAGUAACGGCUAACUCUGAGGGAUGUUACUUUCCUAUCUCCGGGAAUAAAUUUACGAAAUAAAAUCGUAUCCUUGUUUUAUCAUA